AGUCGGGCGGAGCUCCAAACACCGCGGCCCGGUCCCUGCGCCGGCCCCAUCCGCACCGGCCCUUCCCCGACCCCUCGGGCCCUUUCCCGGGCUCCUCACCUCACCCUCUCCAGCUCCUGGUCCCUGCACUCCCACCCUCCUCGCGGCCUCCUCCGGACUCCCCAGACCCGCACCGGGAACCCCCCACUGGAGCUCGGACCCCUCACCGGGACCCUCCGCUGCCCCCCGGGGCCGCUGCCGGUGCGGCCAUGGCCGGCGGCGGGACCCGGGGCGGGCGCGGGGCCCCGUGAACGCCCGGCACCGGCGGGGACAGCGGCGGGCACAGCGGGGACCGACCCAGCACCGAGCGGCCAGCCGGUGCCGACAGGUGUCCCUACAGGUGAUGGCAGAGCAGGAAGAGAAGGACCCGGAGUACCCAGAAUACCGGGAAUACCAGCGGCUGGAUGACUGCGAGGACUCACCCCCGGGCGAGGAUGAGGAGGAGCUGCUGCUGCACGUCACCGAGGGGCCAACAGACUCGUGGCACCACAUCAAGGAUCUGGACAGUUUCUUCACCAAAAUCUACCAUUUCCACCAGAGGAACGGCUUUGCCUGCGUUGUGCUCUCAGAUGUCCUCGAGCUAGUGCAGUUCCUGUUCGUCGUCACCUUCAGCACGUUCCUGCUGUGCUGCGUCGACUAUGACGUCCUGUUUGCCACCCGCCCCCUCAACCAGAGCCACGUGCCCGAGCACACCAAGGUGACACUGCCCGACGCCGUGCUGCCCGCCCCGCAGUGCGCCCGCAGGCUCCGUGGCAGUGGGUGGCUGCUGUUCCUACUGGUGCUGGCGGGCAUGGUCUGGCUGUGCCGCCUGGUCACGGCACUCCGGCGCCUCGUGGGCUACUGGGAGAUCCGGAGCUUCUACAUCCGAGCACUCGGCAUCCCUGCUGAUGAGCUGUGUAACCACAGCUGGCAGUCAGUACAGGCCCGGCUGCUGGCGCUGCAGCGACGCCAACCCCUGUGUGUGCCACGCCGGGAGCUGACGGAGCUCGACAUCCACCACCGCAUCCUGCGUUUCCGCAACUACACCGUGGCCAUGGUCAACAAGUCCCUGCUGCCCAUGCGCUUCCACCUCCCGCUGCUCGGCCCCGUUGUCUUCCUCACUCGAGGCCUCCAGUUCAACCUGGAACUGCUGCUGUUCCGGGGCCCGACCGCGCUCUUCCAGAACACCUGGAGCCUGCGGCCGCAGGUGAAGCGGGCGGGGGCGCGGCAGGCGCUGGCACGGGGACUGGCGCGGGCAGCCGUGCUGCUGGGGGUGGCCAACCUGGUGCUGUGCCCCUGCGUACUGGGCUGGCGCCUGCUCCUCGCCUUCUUCAGCUACGCCGAGGGGCUGAAGCGGGCGCCGGGCAGCCUGGGCGCGCGCCGCUGGUCGCUCUACGCCCGCCACUACCUGCGGCACUUCAACGAGCUGGGCCACGAGCUGCAGGCACGGCUGAGCCGCGGCCACGCGCCGGCCACCAAGUACAUGGACUCGUUCAGCAGCCCACUGCUGGCCGUGCUGGCCCAGCACGUCGGCUUCUUCGCCGGCUCUGUGCUGGCCGUGCUCAUCGUCCUCACCGUGUACGACGAGGACGUGCUGACGGUGCAGCACAUCCUGACAGCCAUCACGCUGCUGGGGCUGGUGGUCACCGUGGCCAGGUCCUUCAUCCCUGACGAGCACUCGGUGUGGUGCCCCGAGCAGCUGCUGCAGCGGGUCCUGGCACACGUCCAUUACCUGCCCGAGCACUGGCAGGGCCGCGCCGGCCGUGCCGAGACGCGCGCGGAGAUGGCACAGCUCUUCCAGUACAAGGCGGUUUUCAUCCUGGAGGAGCUGCUGAGCCCCCUUGUGACCCCCCUGAUCCUCAUCUUCGCGUUCCCCCCCCGCGCCCUCGACAUCGUGGAUUUCUUCCGCAACUUCACGGUGGAGGUGGCGGGGGUGGGCGACAUCUGCUCCUUCGCGCAGCUGGACGUGCGGCACCACGGCAACCCCCAGUGGCUGUCGGGGGGUCACACGGAGGCCCCCCCGGAGCGCCAAGCGGAGCACGGGAAGACGGAGCUGUCGCUGAUGCGCUUCGCCCUGAGCAACCCGCGGUGGCGGCCACCGCCGCCCGCCCGCCGCUUCCUCGGCCACCUGCACGCGCAGGUGACCCGCGACGCGGCCACCGCGCCACCCGCCCGGCCCCUGCUGGCCGAGGGGCCGCUGGCCGCGUCCCUCCUGUCCGAGGACUCGGCCCUGGCGCCCGAGGGGUUGGUGACCAGUGUCCUGAUCGCCAGCGGGCUGGUGGCCCGGGACCCCCGCUUCGGGCAGCCCUGCAGCACGGCCAGCGCCACCGCCAGCCUGCUGGCGUCCCUGCGAACCCCUCUGGGGACCCCCCCGGGCACACCCCUGCCAGGGCAGGGUCGCGGAGCUCCCGACAGCCCCAGAGAGCAUCUGAGCCCCGAGGAGAGGCCAGCGCUGAGCGAGUCGCGGCUGCGCAGCCUGAGUCGCUCGGCACUGCUGGCUGAGGUGGCCUCGGCCGAGAUGAGCCUCCAUGCCAUCUACCUGCACCAGCUCCACCAGCAGCAGCAGCAGCCACAGGGCUCUGGCCCCCAGCCUGCAGCGGGGUGGGUGACCACGGGGGCACCCAAACCCCUCUUCGUGACCACAGGCUCAGCUUCCCGGGCCUCGCAGCUGCGGGAGAUGCCGCUGGGCGGGUGGGCCGAAGAGGAGGAGGAGGAGGAGGAGGAGGAAGAAGAGACGAUUACGAUGACAUAGCCGGACCCAGCUCUGAGCCCUGGUUGUGCCAAGACCCCACAGAGGUGCCAGGGGAGCUGCUGUGGGCACGGGGUGGCUGCAGUAGGGAGCUUGCUGUGCCCACUGUGCUGCUGGGGGGGCCUUGCCUGUGGGAGCCCCCCACUUGGGGUGUCCCUGGUCUACAUGCUGUGGUGUGGGGCUGGGGGUGCUGCCAGGGGCCCCCCCAUGUGCUGUGUUUACCGGGGUGCACAGGGCUGGUGCCUCCCAUGGUGCCCUGGGCACCAGCUGAAAUAAAGGUUUA